CGCAGUAAGGUGAGUGUAUUAAGUGAAUACACCUACAGUACAUACAGCAUUGGAGUUAAAAUGGUUUGCAUGUAGUGGGGAAUGUACUGUGCUGUUCAUAUUACUCGCGCUCUAUCUACAGCGCGCCUCGUGUUGCUGUCCUGUGACGUGUGAAGGGUGAGGUCGUGAUGGUAUGGCACACUGUGGUGUGUCCCUCCUAAAUAGCAGUUGACAAGUGCACUCCUUGACUCGAUCUGAGCCAACACGAGGCAGCCAUGAGGUGGGGCAACAAGAAGGAGUUUGUCACGUCCACACACUCCAUCCUCAAGCUACUGGAAAUAGCUGCCUUGGUGACGGCCAUGACCUUGUUCCUUGCGGGCAACAGAUGUCAGAGCAUUCCAAUGUACGUGUCCUUGUACGUGCUGCCCAUCGUGGUGUGUCUGCUCUUCCUCCUCAUCUCCUACACCACAGCCAUCAUGGUGACUGACAGUGGGAGGAACCCUUACUUCAUCCCCACCUGGGCCAGAGGGGAGUCUUGGCUCAACGUUCUGGCGGCGUUGCUCAUGGUGGUGGGCGCCACACUCACACUCACUCGGGGACCUUGCUCUGACACUGCUCUCACGGUCACUGCAGUGGCUCUGGGCUACAUCUGUGCCGUCAUGUUUGGCUGCAGCGGCGCCAUCACCUAUAUAGCACUCGUGCAGCACCAGGAGAGGGGCACCAUCAAAACGUCACAGGAGCAAGACAAGGAGGAUGGCCACAUUGCCACACUUGCGAGCAUAUUUUAGGUUAAUGUUCUAAUCUUUCAUGGAAAGUAACAAGACGUCACCUGCUCCUCCUCCCAGAGAAAUGUACUUUUUUUGACCCUUACAGCAUGUGGAGGGCUGUCUAUUCUAAUUUUAAUAGUAUAAAGGCAUGGAAAUUAUAUUUCUUAAGGUUCACAGCUUAAACAUGCAUAUCCUAUUAAAGACUUUAUUGUCUACCAUAGACAUCCCAUAAUCAAGAAUUCCAGAAAAGUUGCAUAGUGAAUAAAUAAUAAUAAUGUAAUAAUGACAUGAACAAUGUUGACAAUGAAGAAAAUAAACUUUUCAUAUAUAAUUAAAAAAAAA